AUGCAAAACAGACGGAGCAAAGUCUCUGGGAAACCUCCUUUACGGUUACCCAUCAUUGCCCCCAAGGAAGAUCUUUUCGACGCCUUUGCCAAGUCCGAAAAGGCCUUGAUCGCUCCACCACGCAUCCGCUUGCCUCCGCGAUCUCGUACCGGGUGUUGGACAUGUCGAAGUCGAAAGGCCUUUCGCGAUGAUACCCCUCGUAUCAUGGGCCGUAUGGCCGAUGUGAAGACAAAUGGCCAUGUCGUUUGGGAUCUUACUUCGCCAAGUUCCAAUGAUGAGAGAACCGAUUAUUUCUCUCUUGGGGAUUCACUUCCGCCCUUUUCCCUGCUCACUUCGGACGAAGAGCGCGAAAAGAAAGCAGAAGCCUUUAGUCCCGGCACGUACCAUGUCGUCAUGACACCAGACAGUUUCUCCUCCCUGCCAGAGUAUGCAGACGACGCAAUUGAGAAAUCUAGAUCAAAUCCCACCAGCGAGUGUAGGAGCUCUGCCGCAAAUAGCCCCACGCUCGCGCCCACAAUCGCGCCCAAGCCGGAUUCCAGUGUGAGAGGCGAAGAUCCUAAUGUGGUUAUUUUGAAGACUUUUGAAGAUGUUACAAGGCGCUCCCCGUCAAAUGGGAAGAUCUCGAGGAUCUCUCCGACAUCUGAGAUCUCAGAUCCGUUCUGCAAUCUGUCUCUCUCGCCCGCUUUCAAUCCGCUUCCUUCGCCCGAUGUCAAGGUCGAGGAGAUGAAUUUCCUCGAUCCGCGUCUCGAUAAGCAAAGCCAGGAUUCUACGAUCUUUUCCCACUUCCGUCAUGUCGUAUGGAGGCAGUUGUUCCCUCACGACCAUAGACUUGAUGAUUCUUGCGGAUCUGAUAGGCAUAGUCAUUUUAUGACUCUUAGCAUGGACUUCCUAGAGCAGGAAGCCACUCGUUUCCCUCCUCUUUCCCACGCUAUGAUGGCUGUAUCAGCCCUUAGUCUCUCGCACAGCGGCACAGGUCACAAUGUCGAUGCGCUACAAUAUUAUCAACAAGCUUUCCCUUCUCUCCAGGUCAGCCUACGGAAUAACGACGAUCUCGUUUCCGACGGACUGUUCCUUACCCACUUCCUACUUCUGAUCUACGAGAUCGCAGCCGCCGAACCCCACGGCUCGAACCUCUGGUCUCACCAUAUCUCUCGUCUCCUCCACAUCGCCUUCCUUCGACGCGCCAAGUACGGCCAAGAACCCCACCCAUUCAUCCUCUGGUGGGUGUGCCACAUUGACUUAUACGCCCUGUUCAGCGGAGCAGGGACGGGAGAGUUCGUACGAGCCGUCAUCGACCACCAGAUGCUCCCUGGCUCGGAAUGUCUUCUCUAUCCUUCGGCCCCGGAGGGCUACAGUUUGAUUUACUCCGAUGAACAUGAGAGCUUACCAGUGAUCAUGCGUCUAUACCACGACACAUUCCGACUUGCGGCUCAACUCGGCUUCUUGGCUACCCGCCUUCGUCACGAUAAACAGAAUCUGCCCUUUGCAGAGUUCGACCAGAAAUCCCAGGAAGUAACUGAUCUGCGUCAGGCUUUCGGGAGACUGUGGGAAUCACCUGACGUUGCUUUCCUACAUCAACACCAGGAUAGCCUUCCGCGACGGUCGAGGGAAAUCAUGCAGCAGUCUGCUACACUAUAUCAUGCUUGUCAACUCUUCUCCUACAGCAGCAUGUGGCCCGGACAACGAGUCGAAUCCGAAUUCGCUCCAGAUGGAGAAAUCGAUCACCACGCAACAGAGAUCCUACGUUUAGCCGAGCGAACCACACACACACGCCGAGCUGAUCGACAUUUCAUAGUCUUCCCCUUGUUCCUAGCAGGUGCCACGGCAUCAGCUAGUGGAUUGAAGAUGAUGGCAAUGGAAUUGAUGACUAGCAUGGAAGACGAGGAAGAUGGCAUGGGCCGCAAUACAGCAACGACUCGCGCUAUCUUACAAAUUGUCUAUGAGAGGCAAUUGGAGCGCCUUAUGCAUGUGGGUCAUACAUUUGAUGUGGAUUGGUCUGACCUAAUGGCUCAGGAGGGCCUCCAGAUGGUUAAUUUCGGGUUUUGA